CGCGUUGUACUUCCGGGUGGGGGCCGGUAACGGCCGGUUCUGCUCCCGGUGCCCGCCCCCCUUCCCCCCCCUCCCCCAACCCCCCCCUUUUCCUCCACCACUAUGUCGACGCUGUUCCCCUCCCUGCUCCCGCGCGUCACCGAGUCCCUCUGGUUCAACCUCGACCGGCCUUGUGUGGACGAGACCGAGCUGCAGCAGCAGGAGCAGCAGCACCAGGCCUGGCUCCAGAGCAUAGCCGAGAAGGACAACAACCUGGUGCCCAUUGGAAAACCGGCGUCCGAGCAUUACGACGAGGAGGAGGAAGAGGACGACGAGGAUGAUGAAGACAGCGAAGAGGACUCAGAGGACGACGAGGACAUGCAGGAUAUGGAUGAGAUGAACGAUUAUAACGAGUCUCCCGAUGACGGGGAGAUCAACGAGGUGGACAUGGAGGGGGCAGAGCAGGAUCAGGACCAGUGGAUGAUCUGAUGGAGGUGUGGGGAGACCCCUUGCCCUCACACCCCACCCCCAGCUCCGGGGAGGGGGUAGUUUGGUGAAGCUCCCAUGGCUGCAGCCCUUUAGGGGGGCUGCAGGGUGAACCCCCCCGGGGGGGGGCCGCAGAGACCCUGCGGCCACUGGGGAAGCACGCAGUGAGGCGGCGAGUCAUUGUAUAGUUUUCUUUCUUAUUUUUCCCUAAUAAACUCCAUUUCCAAGCAAAA